UGCACCGCGCGCUGCCCGAGGCGCAGGUCACCCGGAAUCAACAUGUCUGGGACUGAGGAAACAGUUCUUGGAGGCCGUGGCAGCCAUCCUUCCUCUGCUCUUGGCAACUCUGUAUUAUGCUUUGGACAGUAUCAGUACACAGCAGAAGAGUACCAGGCCAUCCAGAAUGCUCUGAGGCAGAGGCUGGGCCCGGAAUACAUCAGUAGCCGCAUGGCUGGAGGAGGCCAGAGGGUAUGUUACAUUGAAGGUCACAGGGUAAUUAAUCUGGCCAAUGAGAUGUUUGGUUACAAUGGCUGGGCACACUCUAUCACACAGCAGAAUGUGGAUUUUGUUGACCUUAACAAUGGCAAGUUCUACGUGGGAGUCUGUGCAUUUGUGAGAGUCCAGUUGAAGGAUGGCUCAUAUCAUGAAGAUGUGGGCUAUGGUGUCAGUGAGGGCCUCAAGUCAAAAGCCUUGUCUUUGGAGAAGGCCAGGAAGGAGGCCGUGACCGACGGGCUGAAGCGAGCGCUGAGAAGUUUCGGGAAUGCACUUGGAAAUUGUAUUCUGGACAAAGACUAUCUGAGGUCACUAAAUAAGCUUCCCCGCCAGUUGCCUCUUGAAGUGGAUCUAACGAGAGCAAAGAGACAAGAUUUUGAACCAUCUGUGGAACAAGCAAGAUACAGCAGCUGCCGGCAGAACGUGGCUCCGGGAUCCCUCGAACCACCGGAGGUGACCUCGCCUUGCAGACCUAGCCGCUCGGAUGAUCCGCCCACUGUGGUGCAGGAGGAGAAGGCCAGCAGCUGCCGCCUGCGGCCGUCUGCCGCCGCGAGCGAUGCCACGUACGAGCGGAAGCUACGCCAGAAACAGUUGCAGCGGCAGUUCCGGCAGCAAAUCGAGGAGCAGCGGCAGGUUCAGCGGUCCGCUCCGGCGGCUGAGCCGAAGCCUCCGGCAGCUCCUCGCAAGCACAGCACUCCCAUAACUGCCGUUCCCGAACCACUCACAGAGGACUUCCUUACAGGUCAGUAAGAGCUCCUGAUCUCGGUCCUCGCAGACAGUCUUGGAAUGUGGGAUAUGGAUCCAGAUGCAAGCGACAGUGAUGUCAAGCCCUUGUCUAAACCAGAACUGCUCCAGACCUCUGCUACAUCAGUCCUGAAGAACCAGAUGGUGACCUGGGACAGGACCCCACAGAACCUCUGCCACCAGAAUCCACAAGCAAAAUCUGGACUCUCGCACCUCCAAACUCACAACAGCAACCAAGAUGUAACAGGAAACUGUGGUAUCUAUGGGAAGAACCAGGACUUGAAGAAAAGGAAAUUGGAUCCAUCCUAAUGGAGGCUCAGGUCACAUCCUUGGACUUUGUCACAAAGGGACUUUCACAAACUACU